UAAGCUUUCGGUCGCGAUCGCGUGCAAGACGUUGGAUCCUGGACAUCGGAAACAUAAGAGAGAUCAAUUUUGGCUUUGAAGUUGGGUGUUCUCGUUACGCGCGUGGUAGACGCCAUCGAAGUACCGCGUGUCGAAAAUUCAAAAUUUGUUGACGCAAUCCGAUCAACGAAUCGCCAGUGGAUGUGUAAAUCUUCUGCAACACUUUGCUGAAGGCUGGCCCAGUGUAGUUUCGGUGCCGACCCGGAAGAGGAUUUACAAUUCUAAUAGGCCGAGUCAAUAAACGAAACGGAAGCGUGCGGGUGAUCAUUGCGCAUAAUUCCAUUUUGUCGCUGAGAUAAAUCAGAAUUUUGGAAAUUAUUGUUGAUUUGUGUUGAUUCGUGCAACGAACCGCUGGCAAUCAUGCUUGAGGCUACAGUGAAGAGCAGCUUCGUGCUGUCUAAGGUAGUGAAAAUGUUAAGCUAUUUCUCUCCGAUUACCAUUAUUUUGGUCACGAUGAUAGCCGGGGCGCUGUAUGUGUACAAUAAACGGCGCGCCCGGCUAGUGAAGCUGAUUGAGAAAAUUCCCGGACCGGCCAGCAUGCCGCUGCUGGGGAACAGUCUGCACAUCAACGUGGAUCACGACGAAAUCUUCAACCGCAUCAUUUCGAUUCGCAAGCUCUACGGCCGACAGCAAGGAUUCAGCAGAGCGUGGAACGGCCCCAUGCCGUACGUGAUGAUCUCCAAAGCCAGUGCAGUGGAGGUAGGUUACGAUCAAUGCCCGAUCUUGGAUGAGUGUUUCCUUAUCGAUGCAGUCACUAAGAGUUAG